AUGGCGGUUCGCUUGUGGGCCGCCUCCCCGCGCACACUAAUCGCCACGACACGCCGGCUCCGGCCCGCGCUCGUGCCACGCCACGCCGUGGCAGCUGCGUACAGCGCUGUCGCGGACGUCUGCGUCCAGAGGCUGGGCGCCACUGCUGCAGAGGCGGAGAAGGCGGAGGCGAGGCUGCUCAACGAGCCAGCUAGAUGGAGGGCGGAGCGGAUGUGCGACGCGCUGGAGGCGAGGCUGGGCUUGAACGAGGCGGAGCUCAAGAAGGUGGUGCUGAGGCUGCCUCAGGUGCUGGGCUUGAGUGUCGACGAUACCGUGUUACCAAAGCUCGCUGCGCUGCAGUCGCGGCUGGGUCUGAGCGAGGCGGAGCUGAGGAAGAUCGUGCUGAGGCAUCCUGCAGUGCUGGGCUACAGCAUCGAGGCGAAUGUGCUCCUGUCGCUUGCGGCGCUGCAGCAGCGGCUUAACCUGAUCGAUGCGGAGCUGAAGAAGGUGGUGCUGAGGCGGCCUUCGGUGCUGGGCUACAGCAUCGAUGAGAACGUGCUUCCAUCGCUCGCGGCGCUGCAGUCGCGGCUACAGCUGAGCGAGGCGGAGCUGAAGAAGGUGGUGCUGAGGCGGCCUUCGGUGCUGGAUUUGAGCGUCGAGGCCAACGUGCUCCCAUCGCUCGCGGCGCUGCAGUCGCGGCUGGACCUGAGCGAGGCGGAGCUGAAGAAGGUGGUGCUGAGGUGGCCUCCGGUGCUGGGCUUGAGCUUGGAGGCGAACCUGCUGCCGUCACUUGCGGCGCUUCAGUCGCGGCUGGACCUGAGCGAGGCGGAGCUGAAGAAGGUGGUGCUGGGGCUGCCUUCGGUGCUGGGCUACAGCACCGAGGCGAAUGUGCUGCCGUCGCUGGCGGCGCUGCAGUCACGGCUUCAGCUGAGCGAGGCGGAGCUCAAGAAGGUGGUGCUGCAGCUGCCUUCGGUGCUGGGCUACAGCAUCGACGAUACCGUGUUACCAAAGCUCGCUGCGCUGCAGACGAGGCUGGGCCUGAGCGAGGCGGAGCUGAAGAAGGUUGUGCUGGGGCGGCCUGCGGUGCUGAGCUACAGUGUCGAGGCAAACGUGCUUCCGUCGCUUGCGGCGCUGCAGCAGCGGCUUAACCCGAGCGAGGCGGAGCUGAAGAAGGUGGUGCUGGGGCUGCCUGCGGUGCUGGGCUACAGCACCGAGGCGAAUGUGCUGCCGUCGCUGGCGGCGCUGCAGUCACGGCUUCAGCUGAGCGAGGCGGAGCUCAAGAAGGUGGUGCUGAGGAUGCCUACGGUGCUGGGCCUGAGCAUCGAGAACCUGCUUCUGAAGAUCGACUGGCUACAGCGUGAGACCAACCUGUCCGACGACGAGCUGAGACACAAGCUCGUGUCGAAUACGGUGAUGCUGGGCUACAGCUUGAGUGACCGACUGCAGCCGCGGGCGGCGCUGUGCGACGAGCUUGGCGUCUCGCGGUCACUUCUGUGGACCUACUCCUCGCGCACGCCUGAGGCGUUCCGCGAGGCGUGUGAGAAGGCGGCGCGAAGGAGCGCAGGGGUUUAG